AGCGCGCUCGUUCGGAUGAGUAGUAUUAAAUUUCCGAUUACUAAGCUAUUUUUAAGAUAAGAUAGGGGCAUUUUCUUUCAAAUGAUGACUAUCACCAGUUAAGUCUAACUCAAGAAUCUCUAGCUAAUAAAAGUAUUUUCUGUUAGUUUUAUGAAAAACUUGUAUCAAAAUUAUUGAAGUUGUACAAGUGGAAAUGGAACUGAGUUCUGAUAUAAAAAGAGUAAAGUACGAAUGUGAUCAUUUUGAGUGUAUUUCACCUAACUCAUCAUUUAAGGAAAAUUACCCUCCAGAUAGUGACUUUCUUUCACCUUCUACAAAUUCAAAUAUUUCUCAAGUGCUGGACCAAAAAGUAGGAAGUAAUAAUGUGAUUAUCUGCACAAAAGCUACCCCCAAAAAGUGCAAUCAAAAGGAUUUUGGAAAAUCUACUCCUCAGAAAUACAAUCAAAAUAUGGAGGAACCUGUUACACCAAAUACAAACUUUAAAUUAUUAACAUCAGUUGCAGCAUCACAAGAUUAUGCAAACUGUGGAACUCCAAAAUCAAAAAAGGAAGAUCACUACAAUGAAAAAAUUGAUGUUCCUGUAUCCUGUGAUACGAAUACAAAAACCUGUAUCCUUAUCCGAACAAAUCGAAAAGAGAAAUCCUUAGCACUUAUUUGCUCAAAGUUUUUAGAUAUGUAUCCACUUUAUCCAUCUCCUGAGGAUAAAAUAGUAGUUUCAUUAGAUGAUGUUUCUACUAAAUUAGGUGUUGAAAGAAGACGACUUUAUGACAUUGUUAAUGUAUUUGAAAGUAUCGGAAUUCUGACUCGAAAUGCUAAAAAUCAGUAUUUGUGGUUUGGUAAAAACAAUCUUCUGAAGUCAUUGCAUAUACUGAAGGCUAAAGCUCUGAAGGAAAAAAUUUUAGAUAAAUUACAAUUUGUGCUAAAUAUGGAGUGCGGCCCAUGCUGUAAACAAACGCGUAUAUUAGAUGAUGUUCAAAAUUUCAACAGAAAUUUAGAAAGUGGAAAUGCAUCUUCACUUGAAGAUGACAAUGCUCAAUCUUCACAUGUGCCAGAACUUCGAAAAGAAAAAUCUUUGGGUAUCAUGAGCCAAAAAUUUUUGAUGUUGUUUCUGGUUUCGCCCUCUAAAGUUAUAAGCCUUGGUGUUGCUGCAAAAGUUCUGAAUGGGUUUAAUCAAAGAACUGUGAAAGGAGCUCAAGUCAAAACUCAAGUUCGUCGUUUGUAUGACAUAGCCAAUGUUUUCUCAAGUAUCGGCCUUAUACAAAAAGAGAUGACAUUAGUUCAGCUAGGACGAAAACCUGCAUUUAAAUACAUUGGGCCUGAUUUGCAAGAUUUAGAAGAUAUUUCAACAAUUUCCUGCCUUCAGAACAAUACAAGAGCUGUUAGUAAUAGGUAUGGAUCUAAUAUGAAACCUAGAAGCCUUGUGCGUCAUUCAUCAUUUCAGGAAAUAUGUGCUGUAGCAGAGAUGGAGCGUAGAAAACUUGGCCUUGAUGAAACACCUCUUUCAGCUCCACCAUUUGAAAGCAAUCUAAAAAAUACUGAUGAAAGCUCAAACAUAACUAGUUUUUCUCUAAUAAAAUUCGAUGAUUUAAGGACUGACAAUAAAGAUGUUGUAUAUAAACUCCCAGAAAUCAAAAUAGAGAGAAAUCAAGAAAAGGGAACUCGCUCUAUAUUGAAGCCACUUAAAGUUAAAAUGAAGCCUCAGUUCAAAGUUGUGAAUCUUCCCAAAUCAACCACUCAAAGAAGUGUACCUUAUUAUAUACUGAAUACUAGUAAGAGUGACAAAUCUGCAAAUUGUGCAAAUGUUCCCAAUGUACUUGUUUUGAAAUCUCCAGUUCACUCUCCACAAACUAAACAAGCAGCAGUGGACAAAAAGCCGGUUAGCAAUGAGUGUCUUCAAACCUUGGAAAUUUCCUCUGAACAACGUGAUGCUAUUUUGAAGUCACUAAAUUUAACACUUUCAGAUGGACAAAUAGCUGCUAUACAACUUGAAGGUAGAUCCAUUCAACCGAAUUCCAAUAAAAAUAGUUCAUGUAAUGUGGUAAAGAUCAUUCAUAAAAAUGUAGAUAGUCUAAAUGAGAAUGAAGACUGCAGAAAAAAUAGUGCUUCAAUGAAUGAUGCUGUGCAAACUGAUACAGAACAAAGUGGAAGUCUUAGCAUUUGCAGUACAAGAACUAAUAGUCCAAGUAGAAUGGAAUCACCUUUAAGCAUUCCUAGCAGUUAUCCAACUCCUGUGCCUCCUAACAUACCAGACAUCACCUUUCCCUCAAACACAGAUGUUGAUUAUUUUCUACAGAAAAUAGAAAGCUAUAAUGAAUCAGUACAUUUAGAGAAUAAGUCAAAUGAAUUAAACUAUCCUACAUAUAAAAAUGAAUUUGAAGUUAAAACAAAAGGGCCAAAAGAAAAUUCUUCUGAAUGUUUAAAAACCAAAGAAGUCAAAAAUAUUCAUCCACGGAUCAGCUCAGUUGACAGUGGCAGUAACGACAGCUUAAAUGCAGAAGUUUCAAAUAUUUUAAAAGGAAAACAACUAGGAGAUAAUGCUUCAAAAAAUGAAGUUUUUCUCAUAGAUGAAAAGACAUUACUUAGCCCCAUCAAGAAACCACAAGCAAUACUUCCAAAUAUUUCAUCUUUGGUAACAUCUCCUUACUAUUUUCCUGGGACUGUUUUUGUAUUAAAUACAACUCCAGUAAAUUCGCCUAAUGGUAGCUUUUCUUUCACAUAUCCUAUUUCUACGAAAACAGAAAGCCCUGUAAAUAACGAAAAGAAAUUAUCUUUAAUUAAGUAAUUUAUUCAUUUUACAUAAAUUAUUACAUUAUAUAGUAUUGUAUAGCUUUUCCUGUAUUAUAAUUACCGUAUUUGACGGCAUAUAAUACGCACCCUUAUUUAGACGGCCACACACAAGGGAAAAAAGUUUCAAUAGCGUGGUUUCUUUUAGUUCUCACAUUUCGUAAAAGCCAAAUAAACAAUUAUUGAAUGCAAUUAACUUCACGUAUAAGACCGUCCUUCACAUAUAAGACGCAGGUAACUUUUUUAAGACCAAAUUUAUUAGAAAAAGUGCGUCUUAUGUGCCGUCAAAUACGGUAUAUGUAAAUUUUCUAAGUGUAUGUUUAGGAUGAAUGUACAGUUUUUUAUAAUACUGAAAUGAAAGAUAUAUGAAUUAUCUUGAAAAUUUGUUUAGAAAAAAAGUUAUUUAUGUUUUCAUUCACAUAUUACUUUAAGCUAUUAUAGAAAAGAAGAAUUAUUGAAAGAUUUUUUAGAAAAAUGUUGACUAUCAGACCUAAACGUAUUAUAUUUUGCUUAUUUGUAGGAUUAAUUGUAAAAGAACUAGUAAUCUGAUUCUAAACAUUCAUAAUAAAAAUACUGCAAUUCAUAUCAUGCACAGUAACAAUACCUGACACAAUAAUAAUUACAUUUCAUGCUUUCUAAGAGCAUAAUUACUUCUUGGGUUUCCAUUAACUUUUUAGAAACAUUUUACAUUCAUUGAGUGUAAGUUUUGAUUAGGAAUUUGUGUAACAAAAUUUGUUUUGAAUAUUCAGUGAAGAUGUAUAUAUAUAAAGCAAAGAAAAUGUUUUAUCCAUCAUAGCUAGUACCAUUUUGCUGUUUGAGCUUUAAGCUUGUCAACAAUGAAGGAUAAAAAGUUUCUUAGUUUACUUUCUGUAUCACUUAUAUAUAGCAGUAUCUGCACAAUUAGUAGAAUCUAUUUCUCUGGCUGGAAUUUGUAGCAAUAUUACUUAUACUAUGAAUGAUCAUUAAAUAUAUAUAAAGUAAAUUGUAAAAAAAAAACUUCAUGACUGGCAUGCUUAGAAGAGAAAGGGCAGAAUAUAAAACCAUUUAUGUAUAAUGUGAAUGCAAUUUAUUGCAUUUCAAAAUAGAAAAUUCAAAGAAAAAAGGAAGAGGAUUAAUCAUAUUGUUUUUUUCUCUCUAAGUGAGCAAACCGCAAUUUGAUUAUUUCCUAAUUUUAUUAUUUGCUUUAUCACAUUAUUUAUGGCAGCAUUUAGCAUAAUUUUUUUUUUUUUUUUUUUUUUUUUUUUUUUUUUUUUUUUUUCUAUUAUAUAUAAAGGAUAUAACAGAAUUGAUGGCUGUAGGUUUAGGAGGUGACAGAACAUGGCAAAAUUCACAAUUUUCACAGUAGAGUGCGAGUAUAGAAACACAGUAUAUACAAAAAAUAUAGAAACACAGUAUAUACAAAAAAUAUGGAGAAAGAAAAAUCUUUUCAAUCACCAAUUUUUAUAAAAAAUAAUACUUAAUAUUUGCAAGAAUUGUUCAGACGGAUAAAAACUAACAGUAAUAUAUGCAUCACAGUGCCUUUAUAGUACUUUGAAAAAUGCCUCGUAUGUCAAGAGUUGAUGUUGCGGUGCAUAUAUUGCAAUUGCUGCUAAUUCCUUUCAAAUAUCUGUGAUUAAAAUGACUUUUUAUUCUCUAUGUUCUUCAUAUUAAUCGUUUCUGCAUUCAUAUUCCAUUGUGAAAAUUGUUACUUUAGUUAUAUUUUGUAACCUCUUAAAGCAUAUUUAUAGCAUUGAUCUUGUAUUUCUGGUAAUAUAUUCACAUUUAUUAAGUUUUUCUGCUUUAAAAGCAAAAAUUUAUAUUUUAUGAGAUUUGACAGUUUCAUAGUAUAUUGCAUUAUUAUCCUUUAGCAAAAAUUUGCUUUUGGGCUAAUUUAGAAUGCCAAAAAAUUAUUAAAGUGGGGGAAAAUUGUAAUUAAUGUAGCUGAGAUAUUAUGUCAUUUACAAUAAGAAAAUUAUUGUAAAUGGCUAUGAUCACUGCUAGGACUGAAGAAUAAUUAAACAUGAACUUCACUACGCUAGUGACAUUUUAAGUAUAUCCCUCCUUUAAAAAAGUGGCAGCAGUGCUUCCUUAUAAAUUAGUAUGUCAUGUUUUACAUUACAUUUUCGUGAAAAAUGUACCUUGCACAUUGGAAAAAUAUACAAUAUAUUGAUAGUAGCAGUAAAUAUAAACCUUCCAGUUUGAGUUGCACUAAUAAUUAACAGCAGCUAAACUUUGGGUUCCUCAUUAGCUUUUUAGAUACCUCUCACUUUUUUAGUUAUACAAAUUUCUAACCAUAAUAAUAACUUAUAAUAAAUGUACAGAUAUUGCAAAUAAUAAAUGAAUACACACAUGCUAUUAAUAUUUCCUAAUAUGAAAGCACUUGAGUCCCUUUCAUUUCACUCUCUAUAUUAAGCUGUUAAAAAAUUUACAAUUAUACAAAUACACAAGUUUUUUCGUUAACAUUUUAUAUUUAUACCUAAAUAAAUAAUUGAAUCUGAUUCAACAAAUUAAAGUGUUUUGAGCCAAACAAAUGCAAACUAGCUGAAUCCUACUGCUGAAUAUUUUGCAGUAUGGCAUUUUGAUUCCAUCUGCUCUAAAUUUACUCAAUGUUGAUUCUCAAAUUUAAAAUACGUGUACCCGCUACAACUAAUUGCCAUAUUAUAUUAGCUUUAAUUCAUAAUAUGUAGAUUUAUGUAUUACACCAUUUAAUUUACAAUCUUUGUUUUUUAAGAGAAUUUUUAUAUUUUUAUAGAAUCCUUAAAAAUUUGAAAAUGGUAGAGAGAUUGUUAUAUUUUAAGACAUGAAUGAAUAAAUGUAAUUUAAUAAUCAUUUAUUUUAGAUGUAAUUCAUUUUUAGGCAUUUGCAGUGUUCUAUAAAUAUGUAACUUUAUUUGCUAUUUAUUAAGCAUACGUUCUCCGGUUUAUUCGCUUUAUGUAAGCUGUAUAGCAUAUUUGGCUUUGCAAAGAAAAAAAAUAUAUUAAAAGAUGAAAGAAAAAUAUAUAAAAAGAUGGUUAAUCAUAAGAACUUAUACAUGUUUUCAGACAGAUCAUUUUUUAAUUUGUUGUAAAAUUUAUAUAUUUAUCAAUGUGAUUAUUACUUGGUGUUUGAUAUGCCUCAUUAAAACCUAUUAUUACCUUCA